AUGAAAAACCUCACCACACUCCUAGCCAUCGCUAGCCUCACCACGCUCACCGCCGCCGCUCCUUCCCUCGUUGAGGGCAGCUGCGGCAAAUGCGACACCUUUCCAGGCCCACAGAUAGGAGGCAACGCCCAGAUCCCACUGCGCAACUCUGCCAACAAGUCUGAUGGCAAGGCCUACAAGUGCACCACGUUUGGCAAGGAAGUGCGCCUCAGCACUUGCACCAACCAGAUCUGCAGUCUCUGCAUGAUCUUCAAGGACGAUGACUGCCAGGGCGAUAUUCUUCAGUGGGGUGGUCCUGGUUCUGAGUUUGGUGGGCAGGGAGCUCGUAGCUACUUCUGCAUAUAA